AUGGAGUCUGGGUCAAGCUCUUUUCGAGUGGAAUUUCCAGAUUUUUCUAGCACCAUCUUGCAGAAGUUAAACCAGCAACGCCAGCAAGGACAAUUAUGUGAUGUGUCCAUUGUAGUUCAGGGCCAUCUCUUCAGAGCCCAUAAAGCUGUUCUUGCAGCUAGUUCACCUUACUUCUGUGAUCAGGUUCUCCUAAAAAACAGCAGGCGAAUAGUGCUGCCUGAUGUGAUGAAUCCCAGAGUAUUUGAAAACAUUCUUCUGUCUACCUAUACAGGUCGGCUGGUAAUGCCUGCUCCAGAAAUUGUUAGUUAUUUGACAGCAGCAAGUUUCCUUCAGAUGUGGCAUGUAGUGGAUAAAUGCACUGAAGUGCUAGAGGGAAACCCAACAGUUCUGUGUCAGAAGAUGAACCAUGGCAGUGAUCAUCAGUCCCCGAGCAGUAGUAGUUACAAUGGCCUUGUUGAAACCUUUGAACUUGGCUCUGGAGGACAGACAGAAUUCCACAAAGUGCAGGAACUAAGGGAUGGUGAAAAUGAAGAAGAGAGCUCUAAAGAUGAACUGUCAUGUCAACUGACAGAACAUGAGUACCUUCCCAGUAAUUCUUCAACAGAACAUGAUAGACUUAGCACUGGAAUGACAAGUCAGGAUGGUGAAGAAGGAACUAGUGAUAGUGCAGAGUACCAGUAUACCAGACCUAUGUAUAGCAAACCCAGCAUCAUGUCUCACAAGCGGUGGAUCCAUGUGAAACCAGAAAGAUUUGAGCAAGACUGUGAAGGUGUUGAUAAUCCUUAUGAUGAACACCAAGUUUCUGAAUCCAUGAAUGCCAUUCAGACAGAUCAUUCAAUCCAGUCUUCAGGUGUUGAAGACUUUCAUAUAGGUGACAAAAAGAUGGAAGCAGAAUUUGAUGAACAGGCAGAUGAAAGUAAUUAUGAUGAACAAGUUGACUUCUAUGGCUCUUCUAUGGAAGAAUUUUCUGGUGAAAGGGCAGAUGGAAAUUUAAGUACUCACAGACAGGAUCUUAUGAUAGCAGCAGGCUAUGGUGAAGGCAUUGAAAUGGCUACAGGAAUUAAAGAAGAAACAUCCCUCACUGGAUUCUCACAUGCUGAUAAGCUGUAUCCUUGUCAGUGUGGUAAAAGCUUUACACACAAAAGUCAGAGAGAUCGGCAUAUGAGUAUGCACCUUGGUCUUCGACCUUAUGGCUGUGGUGUCUGUGGUAAGAAAUUCAAAAUGAAACACCAUCUUGUAGGCCAUAUGAAAAUACAUACAGGCAUAAAACCAUAUGAGUGUAACAUCUGUGGGAAGAGAUUUAUGUGGCGGGACAGUUUUCAUCGGCAUGUAACCUCUUGUACCAAGUCAUAUCAAGCUUCUAAAGCUGAGCAAAGUACUACUGAGAUGAACUAAGACAUCAGUGCUUACAUUUGUUUAGUAGAGUAAGCAAAAUAAACUAAUUAUGCAAA